GCCACAUACACCUCUCAUCAAGAACAAACACGAAUGGAACGUACAGGGGCGACAGCACAUCAUCGAUCUAGGCCUAGCAGCGGCGCCACCCGAACCCCACCAGCCGAUCCAAGCUUCCCCUGCAGCUCAACUCCACGCGCUCCAACACUUGGGUCUGGAGCUUCUACAACGCCAUGCUCUCACUGCGAGCACCAUUCAAGAUCACCACACUCCCCACCCGGCGCCUCUACAGCUUGCAGCAUGCCUUCCGACCAGUUCCUACCAUUACCGGACCCCUAGACUCAUUACCCAUCGAAGAAUUCCGCUCUCGCGCAUUCGUUCCUGAGAAACCCCUCCUGAUAACCGCUGGAGAUAGCAAUGUGAAGGGCGUGAAAGGAUCGCAAUGUACAAUACCAGCAGCAGAGAAAUGGUUCAAAAGGAGACCUGCCGGCUCAGACCCUGCGAAUGAGGAAGAAGAUGGAUUUGCAGUCCUAUCGCAAGAAUACCUUGCCCCAUUCGGCUCAACAAUUCUCCCCCACGAGCUCAUCACACCCAAACAUGCCGAUCCAGGAGCGGCAAACAACACCAGCGAACUCGAUAACCUCCCGAAGCACUACACACAGCACUCCUCCCCCGGCAGUACGUUCCACCACUUCUCCGCGCCACUCUCCCUCUUCCUUCUGGCCAGCAAAUCCCUUACACUCUCCCAAGCACCACCACAGCUCUACAUCGCCCAAGCCCAACUCCUCUCCCUUCCUCCGACCCUCCAAACCGACCUUCCCACCCCCUCCCUUAUAACCCACGCCGGCAAAGGCGACAUCUACGACUCCAACCUCUGGCUCGGCAUCCCACCAACCUACACACCCCUCCACAAAGACCCGAACCCGAAUCUCUUCAUCCAACUAGCUGGGCGGAAACGAGUUAGGAUGUUCAAGCCGCGGGUUGGACAGGGUGUAUUUUGGGGGGUGCAGGAGAAGAUUGGGAGAGGUGGAGGGGGUGGGAGGGGGCAGAUGAGAGGAAGUGAGAUGAUGGAGGGGCCGGAGAGGGAGGUUUUGUUUGAGGCUGUUUGGGGGGAGGAUGUUGGGAUGGUGGGAAGGGAGGAAAGGAGGAGAGAUGCGGGGUUUGAAACUGUUGUUAGGCCCGGGGAUGCGCUGUUUAUACCCAAGGGGUGGUGGCAUAGUUUUAGGAGUGUUGGGGAGGGGAUCACGGGAAGUGUUAAUUGGUGGUUUCGGUGA